AUGGCUGAAAAUUUGAGGAUAGCAAUUAUCGGCGCAGGCAUGGGUGGCCUUGCCACCGCACUCUCUCUAGCAAAAGCCGGCCACAAGAACAUCACCAUCUACGAAACGGCACCUGGUCUCGGCUUCGUAGGCGCAGGAAUCCAGCUCGCUCCCAACAUGGCGCGCAUUCUUGACCGACUCGAUUGCUGGAAGCAAAUUGCCGCCGAAGCAGUCCAGUGCGCAGACACGUCUAUCCGGGAAGGCAGUUCGGACAAGGAGCUAGGCCACGUAACGUUAGAAUACGUGGAGAAGACCUACGGAUAUCCACACAUGGUUGGGCACCGAGCAAGUUUAGCGGGUGCCAUGUACGAUGGAUGUCUGAAGGAGUCUGGAAUCAAAUUUGAGCUAGGCAGUGUGAUAACGGAAGCUGAAUUCGGAGCGAAGCCUAGCUUCAAAUUGACGCCGUUGAAGAGUCCGGAUGAGGAGCGACGUGUAGAAUGCGACAUCCUGCUGGCUUGCGAUGGAGUCAAGAGCCAAACACGUGUGUCCUUGCUGCAAACUCUUGGGGAGACAGCAGAUGUGAAAGAUUCGGGACAGGCUGCAUACCGUAUCAUGCUGACGCGGGAGCAAAUGCAACACGACCCAGAGCUCAUCGCGCUUCUUGAUGCAGACAGUGUCACGCGCUGGAUUGGCGAGAAGAAGCACAUUAUUGCCUACCCCAUUCACAACAAGCAGAUAUACAAUAUCUCCACUGCACAGCCCGAUGUCAACUUCGCAGGCGCACCGAAUUCAACAUACACGACCAAGGGUUCCAAGACCGCGAUGAUGGACGUGUAUGGAGACUUCUGCCCCAUGAUCCACAGGAUGCUGGACCUUGUGCCAGACGGUGAAGUUGUCGAAUGGAAGCUGCGCGUACACGAACCACUCAGCACGUGGGUGCUUGACUCCACAGCGCUAGUUGGCGAUGCAUGCCACCCUACGCUGCCACAUCUUGCUCAGGGAGCGGCACAAGCAAUCGAGGACGGAGCGGUGCUCGGCGUCGUGCUCGAUCCCAAGCGCAUCGCAGACUGCGAACCAGCUACCAUCAACAAAGCGCUCAAGAUCUACGAAAAGGUGCGGAAAGAGCGAGCAGAGGCGUUGGUCGAGUUGGCCGCGGAGAACGGACGGUCAAUGCACCUGGGUUCUGGGAAGGCGAAGGAAGAGCGCGACAAGAUCUUUGCAGCUUUGAAAAGCGGCAAAGGGCCUGUGCCGGACAAGUGGGCUGACGCAGAUGUGCAACGGAUGAUCUAUGGAGUUGACAUUACGGCUGAGGCAGAGAAUCUUUGUAAGGAAGAGGGUUUCGUUGCGAAGUUGUGA